AUGUUUCUAUUCUUCCUCUUAUCAUUGGUACUUCAUGUAUUGUGUCAAGAGUUUGGUUCACUGCCUCCUCGUCCAACUACUGGUGUUAGAUUGUUUCUUGGUGAGGAGGAUAUUACUAUUGCUAAUUUCUCAAUGAUAACUGCUGGUCUGUUUCAUGAAGGAGAUAGAGAUAGACCUGAUGGUAUUGCUACUAAUUAUCCUAUUGGUCCUGAUGGUCAGAAUGAUGGUUUGUGGUGUCAGAGUUCUCUUAAUCAGAAUAUGAUAGGAACAUGGUAUCUUCCUGAUGGAACAACUGUACCAGUGGGUUCUGGUAGUCCUCUGUUUGCUAACAACACUGCUACUGGUCAAAUUGGUUUGUUAAGAAAUGGAGGAUUAGCAAGUGUUCAAGGACUAUACCGUUGUGUUAUACCAAAUGAAGAAGGAAUCAAUCAGACACUGUAUGUUGCUGCUUAUGGUAAUGGGGAUUUUCUUAAAGAUGCUGAACUUCCAAAGAUUGAUGGUAGUGGUCCUUCCUUCCAGCUCUUCUCAUCAGUUGAUGCUGAUCCUCCAGUGUUUAGUUUAUCAUUUACUGUCACUAAUAGAUCACCAACAAUAGUUACUUGCUCUGUUGAUAAUGGAAACCAGUUUAAUGUAUCAGAUAAUGAUCUGAUACGUACUGUAAUACCAGUUAAUAAUGAUGAACAAGUACAAGUAUCAGUAAUAUUUAGAAUGAGAGUGUCUGGCCUGUAUAAAUGUUCUGUUACUACUGACAGAAUUACAACUACACCUUUAGUAUCUACUAAUAUGGCAAUGAGGAAUGUUACUGUAACUGGAUCUCCAUCAAACUUAACCAACAGCAGAAAUAGUCUUCUCUCAGUUACACUAGGCUGGUCUCCUUCAGCAGUGAUUAGAGCUACUCCUCAGUAUCAUGUCUUUGUUAAUAACAGUAAUGGUAUUAUUAUGAAUAACAACACUACAAAUACUGAGCUGUCUCUCUCAUUACAUCCUGAUGAUGAAUAUAAUAUUAGACUAGUAGCUACUGGUGAAGACUUACCUAGUGAAAUAAUCACUGUUACUGUACCUCAAGUUGUCAGUAUUGAUGUACAAGGGCCAGUUAUGAUGCCAUUGGAUCAUUCUUCUUCCUUCUCACUAACCUGUACAUUGACAUUAGCUCCUCAAGUAAAUAAUACUAUGGUAGAAAUGUACUGGACAAGUCUUAAUCUCGUUCCAUUCAAUUCUACAACUGAUGGAGACAUAGUUUUGAAUAGUUUAGAGCCUACAAUGAUAUCAGUUAAUGAUAGUGUUGUAUAUACACUUACUCUUAACUUCAGUUCAUUGCAAGCAUCACAAGUUGGAGAAUAUGUUUGUGGAGCUUCAUUGAAUGAUGGUAUUAAUAUCAUUAACCUAACAUCAAAUUAUUCUAUAUCUGUACAAGUACCUACUCCUAUGGUCACAGCUAGUGUUAAUACAACAGGACGUAUUUUUGAGAGCAAUGACAUUCAGCUGUUGUGUUUUGUCACUAUUACUCUACUGGAUGUUAAUCAUAUUGUUAACAUUAACUGGUUUGGACCUAAUGGACUCAUUACAAUAAAUGAUGCUAAGUAUAGUAUUAGUACUAGGGAGAUCAACUCAAUAACUAGUGGAAGUAGUUUAACAUUCACU